AUGACGCCUUAUCAGCCACGUCUUCACAAGAUCAUUCUAAUGGCACCUAAAAGCAAGAAUCCUAACACUCCAAAGAAAGAUUCUAAGCCUAAAGUGGUUCGAAAGCUUCUUGAUGAAGACUCUGAUUACAAAAAUAAAGAACUACUGCUCAAAGGGUUGAUUAGAACAAAAAGAAGAUCUACCAGACGACCGUUCUUUCCAGAGAAGAGAGUCAUCAUCACAGGACUGCCUGGGUAUCCUACAGUUGAGAACAAAUUCAGAGAUUAUGGGCUGGGAGGGACUGCUAAGAAAGAUAUUUCUGAUACGACUAUCAACAGGUUUCUAUAUGUACCCAACUUCAAUCCUCAGGUCACAAAUCCUGUAUUCUACCGUCGUCUGAAGAGUAAGGAUAACCAGCUUCCUUUAGGGGUAAGGGUUGAGGUGAACCCAUCAGUUGCAGGCCCUAGUUCAGUACCUGAAGUUGAGGUGCAAGCUUCUGAGGCUGCACAGGCAGGCUCAGUUCCAGAUGAUGAGUCAAGUCCAUCAGUUCCUACAUUUACUGCUGCUGUAGAUAAAAGAAUCAGGGCUGCUCUUAAGCCCUUUUCUACUUUACCUGCACGGGUUGCAGAUCUUGAGAACCAUUUUGAUGACAGACAGCUGAGGAAUCUAAGCAUGAACCUCCAAUCCUUGAUCUCAUUGCAGAGCCAUUCAACCAAAACCAAAACCAUACUCAUCAAGCCUACCCCGGAAGAGAAACUUAUACUAAAAUCCCAAUUGAAAAAGCUCAAUUCCACUUCCACCAAGUACUCAAAUUCAACCAAAACCACUUUCUCUAAAAUUAAAAAAUCUUCCUCAGAUCUAUCCAAAACUGGCUCUUCUUUGCCAAAGAAUAAAACAACUAAAGUGACCACCACUAUAGACCUCAAUGAAUCCAAAUCCAAAAACCAAUCUUCCACAAGUAAAAAUGCUAAGAAAGAAACUACAUAGCCUUAUUGGAUAGACAAUGAUAAAGAUGACUUGAUGUCCGGUCUUACUAAAUUACCAUCCAAAUUCCAAGAAACUCUUUUACCAGAUUUGGAAAAAAUCUCAAAGACCUCAAAAGUUUACCUCAACAAAGCUAACAAAGAAAUCACCAAGAACUUCAAAACCAUUGUAGGUAACAAAUAUGCACCUACAAUUUUCUCUUUAAUUUCAUUUGCAUUCAUUUUAAUCCCUUAUCUUGUUUCACUCAUUUUUAACAAAAUCAAAGCAUAUUUUUCACUCCAAAGACUAUUAAUCUUCAUCCAAGUUUAUCUCUCAAUCUACUUUACCAUUCUCUGUCUUUCCUCUUUACUCACUGGUGUAGAACCACUUAAGUUUUUCUACGCUACUUCGCAGUCCACCUACAUUUGCCUACAACUCCUACAAACUCUUGCUUACGCGUUGUACCUUUUAAUGCUAUUGAUGUACCUUGUUUUGGUAUUCUCUACUAAAACUAGGCCCAUUACAAAGAUGAUUGGACUGGUCCAAACGUUUGUAGGCUUUGCUGUUGGGCUUCAUUAUUACAUGAAGGUAUUUUGCAAGGCUGUAUUACGUCAGCCUCCUAAGACUAGUUGGAGAAUUCAAGCUAUUUUGGUGACGUGUUUUCUUCUUAUUUGUCUAACUAGAGCCAAAAGAAUGAAGAAAACUUACUUAGAAAAAGGUGGUGAAGAGGGUAAAAAGAGUUAA